GCAGGCUGUGAAAUGACUUGUUGAUCCCAGAGACAGGCGGAGGCAGUUCUAACUUUAUCUACGGGGUCGCUGGAGAAUCCUUUGUUUAUGUCAGGCCUCGCGCUGAAGCGAUCCUGCGGCGUAACCCCCACGCCAGCGCCGCAAAGGCGCCGAGCUAAAAGAGGUACAAGAGAAGCGUGGAGAGAGGCGCGUGAGGCAUCGGGCGGUGGAACGAUCACAACACAAGGGAAGGACCCAAAGAAGGAGCCCGAUUUGAGAUCCGCUGAAUGUUCUGCUCUGAGAAAGAGGAAAUUCAGAUCUGUGGCAAGACGAGUGAGUGCAGCGUGAAAGGAGGGCGGACUGAGUGCUGUCCUUUACGCGGCGGAGCCAAAUUAGCAUGCACAGUAAGAGCUGUUUUAUGGCGUUGGCGCUGUCCGUGGUGCUGAAAAGAUGCGCUUACACAAUGGCUAAUGUUCCACUUGGAUGACGGCAAAGAAAUGCGAAUAAAUCUCCAAGGGGACGUGUGAUUUCAGGAAGCUGUUAGCUUUAUGUUGGCCAACCUGGCAGGGACCGGUGGUGCAGGGGAGGCUUCCUGCCUCCCAGAACAAAUGGCCACCGUAACAAAGUUCGAUCUGAUUUUUAUUAGGAGUUUAGUAUUUGUCUAAUUCGUAUCCCCUACGAAGGAGCUCUGCCUCCUGCUUCCAACAUUCCAUUAGAAUAAUAACACGGGGAGACUAAUUUCUGUAAUGUACUGGCUAUUUUAAUAGAGAAAUCAUCGUAAUAGCAGGACAACACGUUCUGCUGCGUGGCGCUUUUAAUUCUGAAUGAGAAGGGUGCGUUUCAUGCGGGACGCCGAGAAGCAGAAGGAAACGCUACCCGGCGAAUUCCCAUUAAAAUUCAACAAGAGGCAGGAUCCGUGAGAGGUUGGAUUAUUGGCGGGCAGCGGGCGCGUGGACACACGCACACACCGAGACACGCGCGCGCACACACUCCACAGCUGGCGCGUCUUCCCCCGGCAGAGACUGACAGAAGCGGGGCGACCGCUCGAAGCCGUGCGCGCUCGUCUCUCCGCCUCCCGUCUCCUCCGCCGGCGCGUCUUUCGCCGCGGACGCGGAAACUUUGAAGGGGCGCGGGGCGAAGGCGUCAAAACGCCGACAAAUCACUGUCGAGGGCGCGCGUCGAGCGAGUAGAGGAGGGAAGGGGGAAAAGAACCCGUCAAGUCCGAGAAAAGCGGUGGAGCCGGGAGAAAGGGGGAGCUAUGCCACCCCCCGCCGCGCGGUGCCCAGUCCUCCUCUGUUGCGUUUCGGAGCUGCAGCAUGGUGUCUCUCUCUGGACUCUGGACCUACUGCCUCGCCCCCGGGAGACCUCGUCUCCUCUUCCUCUCGGCCCGGCCGCUCCUGCCGCUUCUCCUCCUCACCGUCGUCUGCUCGCCGGAGCCGUGCCUCCCGCACCCGCAGCCGUGCCACAUCCUCGCCCGGAUCGGACACACCGUGCGCCUCGGCGCGCUGCUGCCCGCCCGCCAGCCGGCACGGAUACAAAACGCGCUCAACCGCGCCCUGGCUAGCCUCCGGCACCAGAGCGGGGCGGCGGACUCCACCACCGCCUCGCAGACGCCCUUUCUGCUGCCCUACAACCUGACGCUGGAGAUGGUGGCGCGGGCGCCCGCGGGCGGCGACCCGGAGUCGCUGUCCCGCGGAACCUGCCAGGACCUGGUGGUGCGGGGGGUGUCCGCGGUGCUGGCGUUCCCCCGCUCCAAAGAGGAGCUGAUCCAGGUGGAGUUCCUCUCCUCUUUUCUGGAGCUCCCCUUCAUCUCGAUCCUGGAGGACACGGAACCGCUGGUGACCAAGAACCGGUUCCACCUGCAGAUGUCGGCCCGGGUGCCCCCGUCGACGCUCGGCAGCCUGCUGCUGGCCGUCCUGCAGGGAGGACAAGCCGACCGGGAGAGAGGAAGCCGAGGGGCGGCCGGCUGGGGGGGGGCAGCUGUGGUGUGCCCCGGGUGGGAGGAAGGAGGCGACGGGCUGCUUUCUCACCUGCAGAGGCACAGCGGUUCCACCUGGCGUCUGUGGGACAUCAUCAACCUGACCCGCAUCACGGGCGCCGCUGACCGGAGAUCGGAGGCCAGCGAGGAGAGGAGGGAGGAUCAGAUGGAGGAGGAGGCGUUGAAGAUCCUGUCCACCCGCUUCCUGCGCGCCCCCUCGCCCAUCACCUCUGUGCUUCUCCUGGGCUCUGAUCCGGAGUGCCUCUCCUCCGUGUUGCGGGCCGCCCAGCGCCUCGCUCCGACGCUCCCGGCGCUGCAGUGGAUAAUGGGAUACCCCUUGUCUCCGGACUCUCUACAUACUUUAGGAGGUCCCCUCGGACUGUUGGCCUACGGGGAGGUGGGACGCAAGCCAAUCAGCUUCUACAUCCGGGACGCGUUGCAGCUGAUUGGCCGAGCGGUCACCGCGGCGACCAUGGUGAGGCCGGAUCUGGCGCUGAUUCAGAACAUGGUGAACUGUUACGACAAGCCGAACCGGCAUGAGCUUCCCUCUUCAGGACAGUAUCUGGCCAGGUUUCUCUCCAACACCUCCUUCACUGGGGCCACGGGCCUCAUCCAAGUGGAUCCCGGCCUCUCGCGGGUCCUUUCCUCCCAGCUGUUUCACGUAUGGAGUCUGAAAAGGGGGGCCCUGGGCCAGCCGGCCUGGGUUACUGUAGGACAGUGGACCCGAGGUCGACUGGACUUGGAGGGAGGGGUGCUGGGGCUGGUGGGGGGCUUCGGGAGCAACCAAGGACAAGGUCUGGGGGCUGGGGUGAGGGGAGGUGACGGCCAGGGGGACAGCAGCAGCGCAGGGCGCUGGAGGCCGGGGCUUUCUGUGGAGGGUCACCGCUUGAGGGUGGUGACACUAGUGGAGCACCCGUUUGUCUUCACACGGGAGGUGGAUGAGGAUGGACUGUGUCCAGCUGGUCAACUCUGUCUGGACCCCAAAACCAACCGGACGGACAUAAUCAACAGCCUGUUCAACCAGCUGCACAACCCGAACUCUUCAACUACAGACUGGGAUGGCAUUGAUCUGCCCGGCGACCUCAGGAAGUGCUGCUACGGGUACUGCAUCGACUUGCUGGAAAAGCUGGCAGAAGACAUGGGCUUCACCUUUGACCUCUAUAUUGUGGGAGACGGGAAGUACGGGGCGCUGAGCGGGGCCGGCCGCUGGACGGGGCUGGUCGGGGACCUGCUGAGCGGAACCGCCGACAUGGCCGUCACCUCCUUUUCCAUCAAUUCGGCUCGGAGCAGAGUCAUCGACUUCACCUCCCCCUUCUACUCCACCAGCCUGGGCAUCCUGGUUCGUAGCAGAGACACCGCGGCUCCCAUCGGAGCCUUCAUGUGGCCUCUGCACUGGUCCAUGUGGGUGGGCAUCUUCGUCACGCUGCACCUCACUGCCCUCUUCCUCACCUUGUACGAGUGGAACAGCCCCUUCGGCAUGACGCCCCACGGCAGGAACCGAAUGCGAGUGUUCUCCUACUCCUCGGCCCUCAAUCUCUGCUACGCCAUACUGUUUGGACGCACUGUCGCCACCAAGACGCCCAAAUGCUGGACCGGCCGCUUCCUGAUGAACCUCUGGGCCAUCUUCUGCCUGCUGGUGCUGUCCAGCUACACCGCCAACCUGGCUGCCGUCAUGGUGGGGGAGAAGACCUUUGAGCAGGUCUCAGGAAUCCAUGACGACAAGCUGCAGCAUCCCUCCCUGGGCUUCCGCUUCGGCACGGUGAGGGAGAGCAGCGCCGAGGACUACAUGAAGAAGAGCUUCCCCGAGAUGCACAACUACAUGAGGCGCUUCAACCAGCCGACCACCCCGGAAGGCGUGCAUAUGUUAAAGACAGAUCCUCCUACACUGGAUGCAUUCAUCAUGGACAAAGCCCUGUUGGACUUUGAGGUCUCUAUUGAUGCUGACUGCAAACUGCUCACUGUGGGGAAGCCGUUCGCUAUUGAAGGCUACGGCAUAGGCCUGCCCCAGGGGUCCCCGCUAACCCGCAACGUGUCCGAGUUCGUCAGCCGCUACAAGUCGGACGGCUUCAUGGACAUGCUGCAUGACAAAUGGUAUAAGGUUGUGCCCUGUGGGAAGCGAGUCUUCGCCGUCACUGAGACUCUGCAGAUGGGCAUCCAGCACUUCUCGGGCCUCUUCGUGCUGCUGUGCAUGGGCGUGGGCGGCGCCCUGCUGACCUUGGCGGGGGAACACACCUUCUAUCACCUGGUCCUCCCUCGGCUCCGGCGCGCCAACACGCUGCAGUACUGGCUGCACACCAGCCAGAAGAUCCACCGGGCCCUCCACACCACGUACCAGGACGUGGGCAAGGAGAUGAGCGGCCUCGACCAAAAUCCCUCCUCCUGCAUCUCGGAGAACUGCACCCUCCACAGGAAGCAGCAUCAGCCCCCUCCCCCGUCUCCCCCCACGUCCCUGCCCGCGUCCACCACGGCCGGCGACACCAGCAGCUCCUCGCCGUCCCACGAGCCCAAGGAGCGGCGCGUGCACUUUGACCUGGAGACCCUGCACAGCUACCGCCUGCGCACGCACACCGCCUCGGUGCGGGGCCGGCCCGGCAUGGUGGGCCGGCCCGGCCUCGGCCUGGGAGGCCUGGGGCUGGGCGGCCUGGGGAGCUUCGCCUCCCCCUCGCAGAUCAGCCUCCACGCCAACGGCGGGCCGGCGGCGGCGCUGGCCUCCGCCGGCCUGGUGCUCUCGCCCAUCGGCGACCGGGCCGCGCAGACCAGCCUCUGGGAGGGGGAGCUCCAGGAGCUGCAGGGGAAGAUCGAGCUGUUCCGCUCCCAGCUGAGGGAGGCGCUGGCCAGGAGGGCCGAGAUCCAGACCAGCCUGGAGCGAGAGAGGAGCAGACUCACCCGCCGGGACGCCAGCCUGGAGCGGGACAGACAGAGCGUACAGACCAUUAACACGGACAGGAGCAGCUCCGCUCAGUCCAAACUGGCCGAGAGAGACAGGACCAGCCCGCUGCAGACCCUGAAUAAUGAACAGACAGGCAGGCCCAGCCAGCCGGGCCAGUUGGGCGCCUUCAGCAGCUUGGACCGAGGCCGAACCAACCAAAUCCGGCCCGUUAACCCCGGCAGCGAGGACAGGACUGUCCCCUCGCGCACCUCCACCAGUUUGGAGCGAAGUCGGGUCGGCCAGCCGGGCGCCGGCACCGUCCCGUCACGGAACACUUCCAGCCUGGACAGACAGAAGGCGAACUUAUCGCGAGCACUCAACACUUUGGAGAGGACAAAAGCCAACGCGUCGGGCGUGAGCAGCGGGACUUGACUCAGAGGGAAAAGCCUCAGUGAACGGGUCACGUUUGUGGGACGCUCGCUGCAAAUCAAUACGUCAACUCACACCGUUACUUACUGCAACCUAAUAAUUUUCACAUCCAGAUUUAUCGCCACUAAAAACCUUUAACUGCAACCUCAUAGCUGAUUUAAAAAAGAAAAAGCUCUGCGCCAGAAAUCACAUCGUGCUCCAUCAGAGGAAGCAGCAAUGACAACUGUCUUAUGCACAAACUGAGGCCUCUUGGACGAGACCUAAUCUUAAAAUCUAUGGACUAAAACAAAAAACAUAUAAUAGUGAAACGACGACUGACAAACUUUGAGAUGGUAAUUUUCAUCUGGGGUUGUUUUAAGUGAUCGUUAUAUGUAUAAGAAUCGCUUUUCCAUCCCACGCUACCUGCUGUUCAGUUAGACUCAUUUCCUCAUUCUUACCUUGUGUCCGUUCUAUUAUUUAUGGACAUUUAGUUAAAAAUGCGUUUUCAUGUUUCUUUUUUACUUCUUCUCUACCAGGAAAUGUCAGUCGGGAGAUUCUGGCAUCUGCUGCCACGUUUUCCACUUGUUUUAUGGUCUGUCCCGGCUUUAUGGAGGUGCUGCGCUGAAUUACUGAGAGCACCUUGUUUUGUGUGUGUCGGUGUCGUCCUUCAGACCGCGGCGUCGCCGGAUCAGUAAAAUUACAAUCUCAAACUCUGAUGGGACGAUCAAAUAAUUCAUACGGCUUAAGACAGUUGUGUGCCUGCUUGGAUUGUGGUAAACACGCCUCCAUGCAUUUACACAAAAAUCUAUCCACCAAACACCCAAUAUUACGUCUGGCAAUAAUUCAUACUCUGUGGCUGAACUGAGCACGAAUUCACCCAGUCAGGAAGCUAAAAAAUAUUAUUUUCUGUUCGUUCUGUGACUAAAAGUAAUAAUAAUUUAACGCUUCAUGCGAAGACACGGUUGUUUAGACGCUGGUUGCACUAGGCCUCCUUCACCACCAGAGGGCGCUGCAUCCCCGUGUCCUGUAUCUACGGAGGCGAGUUUGUGGAGUUUGUUCCAUUAAAACUAAUUACAGCAAUUGAAACUGCGACGGCAAACUGGAGCCGCCCUUUGUCCCGUUCUGUCUCUCAUAAAGCUUUAGAGGAUCUGGGGAAAUAAGGCCUUUUAUGAGAGCAGCCCGGCUUUAUAAUGCGGUGUCAGCUGGGCGCACUGUGAUACUCGGCCCACGGGCCUCGGAGGAAGCUUAACGAUGGUACUGAUGCACAUGUAAACGUUUCAAACCUUGCUGUGGAGUGGUCGUGUUCACAUGCCAUGGUGUCUGAGGAAAAUAUUUUAAAAGUUUAUUGCGGAAGAGCUCGUGGUUCUUGGUAUUUAAAGAAAUACUUUUUAAUUUACCCCUUCUAUGAUGUAUCAGCAUAUUACUGAAUUUUAUCAUUGGUUACCAUUCUAAUGUUUUGAAAUAAACAUUUCUAUACUUA